UGGAGACUUAAGAGCUUUACAGAGAGUCCGGGAGGUCUGCCCUUUCUCUGGUCGGCGCCUGGACGUUCUGGGAGAGUUGACAAAUGCAUAACCUUCAGGAUCUGAGGAGAAGCGCCUCCCUGUCCACCAAAGUCUUCAUACAAAGGGACUACAGUGAAGGAACCAUGUGCCAGUUCCAAACCAAGUUCCCAGCAGAGCUGGACAGUCGGAUUGAGAAGCAGCUCUUCGAAGAGACGGUUAAGACUCUCAAUAUGUACUACAUGGAAGCCGAGAAGAUCGGGGGCAGCUCCUACCUGGAGGGGUGCUUGGCAUGUGCCACCGCCUAUUUCAUCUUCCUCUGUAUGGAGACACACUAUGAGAAGGUGCUGAAGAAAAUCUCCAAAUACAUCCAAGAGCAGAAUGAAAAAAUAUAUGCUCCCAGGGGCCUCUUAAUUACUGACCCGGUAGAGCGGGGGAUGCGCGUUAUUGAAAUCUCCAUCUAUGAAGACAGGUGCAGCAGCGGCAGCAGCAGCAGUGGUAGCAGCAGCAGCACUGCCAGCAGUGCCGGGGGUGGAGGAGUAGCCAGUCGUGCCCGAUGACUGGCAGAGAGUCCCUGCGGGGACCUGUACUGCCGAGACGACGGCCUUUCUGAAAUAAGAAGACUGAGGUAUCAGAGCACAAGGUUCUAGGCUUUUGAGAUCGCAGAACUAGGAAGGGAAUAUGAACCCAGUAGCAUUUCUUACCAUUGACUAACCUGAGCCGUGAAGAGCCAUCACUGUAUGUUGUUUACAUCCUGCCCGGUUCAUAAGAAACAUUAUUCAAAAUGGCUUCCAUAUGGAUUUUCUUCCACAACUACAACAUGCAGUUACAAGAUUCAAUGUGUGCUUUGUCAUUACGAUGAUAUUGGUGGUGAUGAUGAUGAUGAUGAUGAUGAUGAUGAGACCCAUCUAACAUCGCCAACUUGACUUUCAUGCCAUGUCGAUCAGAUAUUUCCAAAAAGUUUACAUUUAUGGUCAUUCUUACCAACCUCAAGGAAGAAGACUCCAAUUCCGCUUUGUAAGAGGACAGAUAGCACCAUGCUUACAACAGUUCUCCGAGUUUUAUAUAUUGUUGACCUAUCCUCAGGGUAGCUGAAGUAUGUGAGCCCCCACCGAUCAGUAUGUGAACCCCCACCGAUCAUAAACUGAUGACCUAUGCUGAGGAUAGCUCAUCAAUAUGUAAAUCCUGAAGGACCCUUUUAAGUAGCUGCUAUUCAUUUUAAAGGGGUUGUUGUUUUUCCAAAAACUGCACCAUCUUAAAGAGAGUUUAUCAGGUUGUAUAAGCCCAAAAAGUCAUUACUAUGUCAAUGUAGUGCCCUUCCCCUGUCACCCUGUUGGCCUUGAUUGACAAUUUCUGA